CAUUACUACGUUAAUUGCUUGUUAAGGCCGAUGCCACCCACAUUAUUUCUGCACGCAUUUCUGUUUUGCAGUUCUAUUCUAUGUUCUUCUGCUAAAGAGACCAUAACAUUAAACAGUUCGAUCCGUGAUGGCGAAGGAGAUAGGCUGGUUUCACCAGGAAAAAUGUUUGAACUAGGAUUUUUUACUCCUAAUGGAAGCUCUAACACCAGGAGAUACGUGGGGAUAUGGUAUGGUUCAAAUCCGCAAACAGUUGUAUGGGUUGCCAAUAGAGACAAGCCACUUUUGGAUGAUAGUGGAGUCCUUGUUGUUGGAGAGGAUGGCAACCUCAAGGUGCUGCAUGGAAGUGGAAAAUCAUUGAUCUGGUCAACGAAUCUUGAAGCAGUGUCUCCUGGAUAUAGAAAAGCCAAGUUGACGGAUGCUGGGAAUCUGGUGCUGAGCAAUGAAGAACAAGAAAACCACUCAGAAAGCAUUAUCUGGCAGAGUUUUGAUAAUCCAACUGAUACAUUUCUUCCAGGCAUGAGAAUGGAUGGAGACAGGAUACUAACUUCUUGGAAAAGUUAUGAUGAUCCAGCUCCAGGGAAUUUCACAUUUCAGAUAGACCAAGAAAGAAUUAACCAGUUCAUUAUUUGGAAAAGAACAACAAGGUAUUGGAAAAGUGGUGUCUCGGGUAAAUUCAUUGGUCCUGAUGGGAUGCCCUCAGCCAUGCCAUCAGCAAUAUCUUUCCUUUUGUCAAAUUUUACCUCAGUUGUACUCCAUAACGAGUCCAUGCCUCAUCUUACCUCAUCAUUAUACAGCGAUACAAGGUUGAUUAUCAGUUACUCCGGUCAAAUUCAGUAUUUGAAGAGGGAUUCUGAGAAGAUCUGGUCCUUGAUUUGGGCAGAGCCCAGAGAUAAAUGCAGUGUCUACAAUGUAUGCGGAAAUUUCGGAAGCUGCAACAGUAACAAUGACUUGAUGUGCAAAUGUUUACCUGGCUUUGCACCUAGCGCCCCAGCGAAUUGGAAUAACGAGGAUUACUUUGAUGGAUGCACUAGAAAGUCAAGGAUAUGCAACAAAAAUGCUGAGAGUGACGCAUUCUUGAGCUUGAAUAUGAUGGAAGUAGGGAAUCCAGACUCUCAGUUUAAUGCGAAGACUGAAACCGAAUGCAAAUUAGAGUGCCUUAACAACUGUCAGUGCCAGGCUUAUUCCUAUGAAGAACCUGAUAUUGUGCAACAGGGUGGUAGCCGCAUUGCUGCAUGCUGGAUAUGGUUGGAAGAUCUCAACAAUAUUCAGGAGGAGUAUGAAGGUGGCCGUAACCUUAAUGUUCGGUUACCAGUGUCUGAUGUAGAAUCAACCAGAAGAAGUUGUGAGACUUGUGGCACAAACCUGAUUCCAUAUCCACUUAGCACCGGACCAAAAUGUGGUGAUGCCAUGUACAUCAGUUUUCACUGCAACACCUCUUCAGGGGAAGUUACUUUUGAUGCGCCCAGUGGCACCUAUAGAGUGACAAGCUUAAAUCCAGAAACACGAAAAUUCAUCAUUCAAACCAAUGAUGCAAAUGAUUGUAAGGCUGGAAAUUCAGGUGACAAUUUCUUUCAGUUCAAGCAGCCAUCACCAUUUCACGUUACUAGCAGGUGUAAUGCAGAUGAAAUAGAGAUAGGCUGGGAUCCUCCAUUGGAGCCAACCUGCUCCUCACCUACAGAUUGCAAAGAAUGGCCAAAGUCAACUUGUAAUGUAACAAGUGAUGGAAAGAAAAGGUGCCUCUGCAACACAAACUUUCGAUGGGAUAACUUGAAUUUGAAUUGCACUGAAGACAGUGGCUAUAGAGAAAAGAGAUACGAGUCUUCAACCAAAAAGAUGGCUUCAUCUCUGAUCCUUAUAAUAGCUUUUCUUAGCGCAGUUGUUCUAACCAUUCUGUCAAGCACCAUCGUUUAUGUUUACUUGCAAAGGAGAAAGCUGGCGGAGGGAAACGGGAUAUGGGGAAACAUUCAAAGAAAUUCUGCACUUCACUUGUAUGACAAUGAGAGACAUGUCAAAGACCUGAUUGAUUCAGGACGACUUAAAGAAGACGAUACAGAUGGCAUAGAGGUACCAUUUUUUCAUUUAGAAAGUAUUCUAGCUGCAACAAAAAACUUCUCAAACGCAAACAAGCUGGGGCAAGGGGGAUUUGGGCCUGUUUACAAGGGCAAGUUUCCGGAAGGGCAAGAAAUUGCUGUAAAGAGGCUCUCAAGUGGUUCAGGACAAGGCUUAGAGGAAUUCAAAAAUGAGGUCGUGCUGAUUGCAAGACUUCAACAUCGAAAUCUUGUUAGACUUUUAGGCUAUUGUGUUGCAGGAGAUGAAAAGAUGCUACUCUAUGAGUAUAUGCCUAACAAAAGCUUAGACUCCUUCAUAUUUGAUCGGAAGCUAUGCGUUCUGCUGGACUGGGAUAUCCGAUUCCGCAUCAUUUUGGGAAUUGCCCGAGGCCUUCUAUAUCUCCACCAAGAUUCAAGGCUGAGGAUAAUUCACAGAGAUCUGAAAACGAGCAACAUUCUACUCGAUGAGGAAAUGAAUCCCAAAAUUUCAGACUUUGGCUUGGCAAGGAUUUUUGGUGGUCAAGAAACUGCUGCAAACACAAAGAGAGUCGUUGGAACUUAUGGCUACAUGUCUCCUGAGUAUGCAUUAGACGGACUUUUCUCAUUCAAAUCAGAUGUGUUUAGCUUUGGUGUUGUUGUAAUUGAGAUCAUCACUGGAAAGAGGAACACCGGAUUUUACCAUCCUGAACAGUCUUUGAGCCUUCUGGGCUAUGCGUGGCAUUUGUGGAAGGCAGACAAGGCAUUAGAUUUGUUGGACCAGACACUGCAAGAGAGUUGCAAAGCAAACGAACUUCUGAAGUGUCUAAAUGUGGGGCUCUUGUGCGUGCAAGAAGACCCGAGCGAUCGUCCCACCAUGUCACAGGUAGUUUUCAUGCUUGGCAGCGAAACUGCAUCGCUUCCAGCUCCUAAACAACCAGCAUUUGUAGUCAGGCGAUGCCCUUCGAGCAGAGCUUCUUCAUCUAGCAAACCAGAGACAUUUUCCCAAAAUGAGCUAACCGUUACUUUAGAAUAUGGUAGAUAGUACAAAGCUCACAAUAAGUCAUUUCUACGAGUAUAAGAACCAAUAUUUAUGUUUGCUACUUGUUUUUUUGUCCCUUAUUUUCUAACUGUAUAUCAUUUGAUAUUUCAGAAUGCUGGCGAUUUUGCAAUUGUUGUGCUUAAUUUUGCUUAAGCAUAACCUGCAAUUGGCAGUUUCUGCUCAAGAUUUGCUUAUUUCUUGAAGAUUACCUAAAAGCUCC